AUGUUCUCUGAGGAAGAAAGCAGGCGCAUCUUAUCCAUCCAAUUCAGUGAUUGUGCUAAUACGGAUUCUUGGUUUUGGUCUGAGGAAAAAUCUGGGUUGUAUUCGGUUAGUAGUGCUUAUAAAAUGCUGCAGCAACAAAGUGGAGCUUGGCCGGUUACUGGUGCAGAAACAUGCUGGCAGAAUUUGUGGCAGCUGCAAGUUCCAGCAAAGGUGCAGCAUUUGGUGUGGCGUGCUAUGUCGGGAUGUCUUCCAACAAAGGAUGUAGUUGAAGAGGCUGCAAUGGUAGCGUGGCGGAUAUGGUUGGCCCGAAAUGAUAUUCUUUGGAACAAUAAAAGUACUAAAGCUUUAGAUGUGGUUAAAUUGGCUAGAACUAAUCUUGUUAGUUGGAGAAAUGCUCAAAAACAAAAAUCAGAGCCUUUACUUAAUGUGAAUUAUAGUAAGGAUCUGGAGCAUUGGAGGAAACCGAUUGUGCACAAAUACAAGAUCAAUGUUGAUGGCGCCAUUUUUGAAGCUGAAAAUUGUUUUGGUGUGGGAAUAGUCAUUAGGGAUCAGGCCGGUCAUCUAGUUGAAGCUGUGUCAACUAGUAAAGUUGGUGUGGUGACUCCGAAAAUUGAUGAAGUUAUUGGGGUCAAAGAGGCGCUAAGUUGGAUUAAGAAUCAUAAUCUUUCUGAUGUUGAAAUUGAAACUGAUUCAUUAGUAGUGGUGCAAGCUAUUAAUGGAGAGGUUCAAAUGCCAUCCUAA